GUUCAUUUAAUCUCAUUCGUUAGUAAACAUUACUUACUGUGUGUUUGUGUGUUUGUGUGUGUGUGUGUGUGAGAGAGAGAGAGAGAGAGAGAGAGGUGACACCCUUUGCAACAAACCUGCCCACUGUAACAAAGCUCGGGCACACACACACACACACACACACACACACACACACACACACACACACACACACACUGACGGGCCGUGAUGCUGUACGGGGAUAAAUUACUUCAGCUGGUGCUGUGGGGCUUCAAAGCAUGAGCAGGCUGCUCUCACACGUAUACACACACACACACACACACACACGCACGCACGCACGCACGCACGCACGCACGCACGCACGCACACACACACACACACACACACACACACACACACACACACACACACUGUCUGUGGAUGCUCAACAGGCUGCACACUGUGUCAGUGACUGUUUAAGUCCGGCUGCUGAGGUGGAUGGUGGGUGUUUUGUGUAGGGAAACUUGUUCUGGACUGACACUCUGAGUCUGUGUGAUGGAGAACAUGCAGCCUUCUCAUUCAGCUCACGGAGAAACAAGUUUAGGAUUUAAAGUUUUCUCUUUUUUUCAGUGAUCCAAGGACAAAACCAGGUAUUCAAUCAGCAGAUUUUUCACACUUGAUUUCGCAGCCCACCCUCUCUACUGUCACAUAUAUUUGAAACUUGUAUUAAUGUGUUGAUGUUAAUGUCAGUCCCCUGCAGGUUCCCCAUCAUGGAUGUCACAUCGAAGUGGUUUACCCCAGCGACUUCCCGAGCUCUGUUAGUGGCCUGUGUGACUGCGCUGCUCUCCUUCCACCUGUGGCGCUGGCUCCGGCAGCGGUCCCCCGGCAGCCCGCCCGGUCCCAUCGCCUGGCCGAUCAUCGGGAACGCUGCGCAAAUCGGCAGCUCGCCGCACCUGUAUUUUACGCGCAUGGCGCAGAAAUACGGCAACGUGUUCCAGAUCAAACUGGGCUCUCGGACCGUGGUGGUCCUGAACGGCGACGCCAUCAAACAGGCGCUCGUCAAGCAGGGGCUUGACUUCGCCGGCAGACCGGACUUCACCUCCUUCACGUACAUCUCCAACGGGGACAGCAUGGUGUUUAACACCGUCACGGACUGGUGGAAGAUGCACCGCAGAGUGGCCCAGUCCACCGUCCGCAUGUUCUCCACCAUCAACCUGCAGACCAAGAAGUCAUUCGAGCGUCACGUCGUCUGUGAAUUCAGAGAGCUGCUGCAGCUGUUCCUGAGCAAAACCAAGACGGAGCGCUACUUCCAGCCCCUGACUUAUCUGGUGGUGUCGACGGCAAACACGAUGAGCGCCGUGUGCUUCGGGAAGAGGUACUGCUAUGAGGACGAGGAGUUCCGGCAGGUGGUGGGCAGGAACGACCAGUUCACCCAGACGGUGGGCGCGGGGAGCAUAGUGGACGUGAUGCCCUGGCUCCAGUACUUCCCAAACCCCAUCAAAACCAUAUUCGACAACUUCAAGAAGCUCAACCUGGAGUUCAGCACGUUCAUUCGAGAUAAAGUCAUGGAGCACAGAAAGACGAUCCAGUCAAGCACCAUCAGGGACAUGACGGAUGCUUUCAUAGUGGCGCUGGACCAGCUGAGCGAGAAAACAGGACUUACUCUGGGGAAGGACUAUGUGACCCCCACUGUCGGGGAUGUGUUUGGAGCGAGCCAAGACACGCUGUCGACUGCGCUGCAGUGGAUCGUCCUCAUACUCAUCAAGUUUCCUGAGAUGCAGGUGCGUCUCCAGCAGGAGGUGGACAAGGUGGUGGACCGCAGCCGGCUCCCCUCCAUCGAGGACCAGCUGCAGCUGCCUUACGUCAUGGCCUUCAUCUACGAGGUGAUGCGCUACACAAGCUUUAUGCCGCUCACCAUCCCCCACUCCACCACCGUGGACACCACCAUCAUGGGCUACACCAUCCCUAAGAACAUGGUCAUCUUCAUCAACCAGUGGUCCAUCAACCACGACCCAGAGAUGUGGUCCGACCCAGAGAACUUUGACCCUGAUCGUUUCAUAGACCAGGACGGAGCGCUGAACAAGGACCUGACCAGCAGCGUGGUCAUCUUCUCGAUGGGCAAGCGUCGGUGCAUCGGCGAAGAGCUGUCCAAGCUGCAGCUGUUCCUCUUCACCACCAUGCUCACCCACCAGUGCCACAUCACCUCAGACCCAGCCAGGCCGCCCAAACUGGACUACACCUACGGUCUGACCCUGAAACCUUGCACCUACUACAUAGCGUUGUCUCUGCGUGGAGAUAUGAAGCUGCUGGAUGCGGCUUCAAGUCAGGACGACGAGCCGACAUCAGACUCAUGAACACAAACAUGAAUCAAAACUGUAACAAGCACAGAAAAUGAAGGCGCAAACACAACAAAAAAGACUUGUGAACUGAAGCUCGCAUUUGUGGGCUGAAAACUGUAUUUAUAAGCUGAAAUCUCAGGCUAUCACUUAUCACUGACUCAUUUUUAAGUGUUACAUCGCCAGGCUGGAGCAGACGUGGCACCCUGUUUCACAGGUCAUCUCACAUGACCAGCGGUUCACCUCGGUUGAAUCGAGUCUCCUACAGACACAAUCGGACACGACGACUGGACCAGUGUUGUCACUGCUACACAUCACUGGAGAUCAGCUCCAACCAGACCUCAGUACAGGCAACACUGUGGUUGUAGGAGUUUUGAACAGCUGCUGUAACACACCCUUGUAAUUUUAGUGUGAAUACAGUUGCUUAAAGAAUGUAUUGAAAGAAAGCAUCAAGCUUAGAGCGACAUCAUAGCGCUCUUAUCUUUUCUGUUAAAAUCACAACAACACACUUCAAAAUGUUCAAAUCUCUUCAAAUUGGCCACUUAUUUUGUUUCAUUAAUAUUCUGCAAUAUCCAACCUAAUCACACAAAAUGUGUGAUAUUUAAAGGGGCUAUAUCUGAGAUUUUUUGUUGAAAAAACAGAAAAAAAAUCAAUGAAAACUACCAACAGAAUGUGAAUAAAUACCAGUUUUGAUACUCUGAUGUUUAUUGUGUUGAGGAGAUAUCUACCUAAGUUAACAUGCUAAACAGCUAUCAUCAGCACUAACACUAACACUCUGCUUGUAUCAGGCCCCUAGUCCGAACUGCUAGCUGCACGGCUAAUUGAGCUAACUAGCUCAAAGCAGCCUUAAUUAGCAGUAAUUCUGGUGAUAUGCUGUCCCUUAUUUGUGUAUUUUAGUAUGAAUUUAAAUGGUGUCCAAUUCUUACAUAUGACUCUGCACGAAGAUGUAAAUAAGCUCCAUCGACCCUGCUGCCCCGUGGCUACUAAAACAAAAUGUUCAGUACUAAUGAUGAUGCGUAGUGUGAAAGCUUAGUUACUCAGGAACGAGGCCAGUGAUAUGCCAAAUAUUACACUGAUUAGGAAGCUUUUUAAAACGUCAUCUAAUAUAUUCUGAAACCUACCGUAGACGCUGUUAGAACGUAAACAGCAAAGGAGUGUAAAGGGUCCACCGCCCAACAGACCUGCUGCAUGGACUGUUUGAGUCUGUGAACUGCUGUCUCAUGCAUGUAUGAAAAAAAAAAAUUAGAUCAGUGUUAUUUAGCCAUCUCUCUCCCUCUCUCUUUUUGUUCCAUAUUGAAUGUUGUACAAUGCUGCUCUUGGUAACACUUCAUAAUAACGAUCAUUAAUAAAUGGUAAAUUUGUGAUAAAUUAAACAAAGACUGUUGAUUGUUACAAUGAAACCACUUAUUAGGCAACAGUUAACUGUAUAGUUGAUGCUUAGAAAACCUUGUAAAUGUCUGUCAACUAGCUCAUAUAAUUAACUAACAUUCACCAUUUAAUAAUGACCAUUAAUAUAAAGUGUCACCAGAAUCCUUUCACUCUGACAUUUAAUUUAAUUGCUCAAGAUGCUAGUAACCCAGUUAUUUCUUCUUCAUGUUGUGUUAUUUCCAGAAAUAUUCAUGCUGUCCAUUAAGAGAUGGGACACUGGGGGGGUGAUUUUGUUUCUGUACGCUGAUCUAAUAACUGUCUCAGCAUGCACUAACUGUAGCGCCUUGGAUUUGAGCAUUUGUUGCCUUCCUACUGAAGCGAUUUGAAAUAAUUCAGGUUAAUCUUUGAUAUAACAGACAACUUUAAACAUGUGUUAACAGACCUGGUAUAAACUAUUUGUACAGCUGAGUAAUAUUACAAUUUAUCCAUUUCUGGAGCCCUAUUAUGACACUUUAUGACCAUUUAUGGCAUUUAUUCAAUUUUCCUCUGUAAACCAACUGAUAAAAUGUUAACUUACACAUAUUGGUCUUGUCAUUUAUUUAAUAUGUAUCAUGUGACAUAUUUGGUGUAAAGUGCUGGAGAGGAAAAAAAACCCACUUGUUACACAAUGUUAUUUUGAUAGUUAAUUAAACUUCAAUUAAUAGUUAUUUUACUCGUAACAAACAAUGGAACGGCU